UCUUCUUCCUCUUUGAUUUCCACUUUUCAUCUUCUGACCGCUCCAACCUGACGAUUUAGAAAUGGCGCAGCAGUUUGUCCAGACUAAGAUUAAAGGAGAUAAAGUGGUGCUGUUCAUUAAGCCCACUUGCCCCUACUGCGUUAUGGCCAAAGACGUUUUGUCUAAGUAUAAAUUCAAGGGGGGACAUCUGGAGUGUGUUGACAUCAGCGGCCGCGGAGACAUGGACAAGAUGCAGGACUAUUUCCUGGAGCUCACCGGAUCUCGCACGGUCCCACGGGUGUUCAUCGGCGAGGAGUGUGUCGGAGGCGGCAGCGACGUGGCGGCGCUGCAUGAGAGCGGUAAACUGGAGAGCAUGCUUCAGUCUAUCGGAGCCCUGCAGUGACCCGCUCCAGACCUCCAGGCAUCCAGUUGGGGUCACAUGACUAUGCAGCGGGACUUGCGUAGUUUGCGCCGCCGCUGCUGGUACUCGCUGAGCUCCUGCAGGUAGCCUCUGGACGGCCAACGUAGCCUCUCCACCUGCUCGCGCUCCUCCUCUGGAACACAAAAGCAAAUCAACUGUAAUUUACUGCCAUAUUCACUGUGCCUGGCACACACAUACAUAACCAAACACAUACACUAACAACUGCUUGGAUUGCUGCCAUGAACAACAAGGCUGAAAUGUCUGAUAAGAUUUUGUUUACACCAACAAGCAACAGAAGACCAGCGGUGAUCGAUCAUGUGCUGUCUCCUUAUUGUGGCUUUUGACUUUGCUUGUGCCCUUAAAGUACCCGUCCAAUGACCUUAAAGGGUUGUUGUGUGUAUGACUAAUGAUGACAAUAAAAAUGUGCUACUGCUACUAA